UUCAUAAUGGAUUAUGGAAUAUACCUUAUUCCGCUGCUACCACUCUUGAUAGCACUGAGGAUUUCAAAAAAUCAUCAGGAUACCCUUAGCUAUGAUCAACCGAGGAACUACAAAACAAUUUGAAAUUGACAGCAAUAUGUCAGUCGCGCUCAAACAAAAAAACGGAAAUUCAAACUCAUCGAUUUAUCGACCACAGCGAAUGCAACUCUGUGUACGCGACACAUCAACAACAAUUGCGCAUCUCUAAUUUAGACCCUGGACUUGUAUAUUUUGUUACUGGUUUUUCUUGAAUUUUUCAAAAUUUUUCGCAACAUGGAUGAGUCGGAACUGCUCUUCAAUUUGUUCUACUUCCUAUUGUGCAUGUGCGUCAUUUAUCCGCCCGAGGAAUUUCAGCGUCUGGGCUUUACAAUCGAGCAGGUGUUCUCCCGAUUCCUGGGAGAGGAAUAUCGUGAUUUUGUUGGCUACCAUUUGCGCCGCACAUCACUCAAUCUCUUCGUACACAGCUGCCUGCCCGUCACCUAUUUCCUCAUACACAGAUUGAAGUUUUCAGUUUUUGCCACACAACAACCGCUCGAAGAUAAUGAGCUUGACCCGGAUUUUCCCAUGCCACAGGAGGCAGUGGCUUUUAAAACACUCACCUGGAAAAUGGCGCAACGCUUCAGCGUGCUGGCUGUAUUAGCCGUGCCGGCUCUGAUCUUCAAUUGGCAUCAGCAAAACUGGCGCCGACAUCCCAUAAACAAAACACUGGCCAAAUACUCGAAUACUCCAGGCAGUUACAGCGUCGUAGCCAGCGAUAUUGGCACCGAGUUCCGUCGCCAGGAUAUUUACAAAAAGAAACUCAACUCCAUUAGCAUGGUGAUUGCCACAGAGAACUGGAUUAUCAAAACAACCAUGUAUAAUGUCAACUUUGCUCACCAAGCCAACACUUCACUUAGCGUUGCCAAGGCGGAAACUUACAAUAUAUCGCACCACGAUCAGAACGAUACCUUGCAAAUGAUUAGCAUUGUUGUGCGACCGAUGCGUCAAGGCGUUUCUGAUUUUAACAUUCGCAUCAAUGCAUUGGAAUUCCGUAGUUUGGAGGAUCGCCUAAGACGUCCUAUUACCAUACCCUCUAACAUACAAUUCCAUCGAAGCGUCAUCGAUCGCUUUGUGGAUGUAUUCAAAACGCAGGUGGCACUCAAUCCAAUCUUUAGCUCGGAGCCCAUUACAGACAAGUGCUUUGCCUGCAUGCUAGCCGAGCCCAACAUCAAGAUAAACAAGCAAUGCUCCGAUUUGAAUCGGGCAGGCGCGCCUCUAACAGAUGAGGCAUGCUGCUCCAAUUGCUAUUGUCGGCCCAUGUGGUGUGUGGAGUGCUUGGCGCGCUGGUUUGCAGCCCGCCAGAGUGACAUCGAUCGCGAGGUAUGGCUAGAACAGAAGUGCACAUGUCCCAUGUGUCGUGCCAAAUUCUGUGUGCUAGAUGUGAGCUAUAUAAGAGCGACAGUGGCGACCAACGAGAACGACGAUGAUGCCUCAUGAUUCAGUUAAAUGAAUUAAAC